CUAAGUCUAUCACUAUAUCCUUAUUUCCCUCUACCACUCUUUCCCUGUAAGUCUAUUUCUUUUUCUCUGUUUCUCUAACUGUAUUUUACUAUUUUCCUUUAACCCCUAAGUCUUUUGCUUUCUCUCUCUUACCCUGUUUCUAACUCUUUUUCUCUCUGACUGUGUUUCUUUUUCUCGCUAACUCUCUAUUUCCCUCUCCCUUUAUAUUGUUUGUCUCCUUCUCUCUUUCUCCUUCUGUUUCUAUUUCUCUGUUUCUCUCUAACUCUCUAUUUCCCUCUCUUUCAUUCUCUCUCCCUCUGUUUCUCUAAAUUUAUUUCCCUCUAUUUCUUUCUUUCUCCCUCUGUUCCUCUAACUUUAUUCUUUAGCCUUCCUUUCAUUAAUAUCACUAGAAUUACUUUCACUUACUGCUUUUCCGGACUGCUGUUUUGGAAACAAACCCAGCAGCGGUACAACAGCCAUCAAGAGCAGCAAUCUAGAAAACGCUUACAUAUUAAACAUUUUAAAGCAGUACCUCCAGUCCCCGCUGCCGCUCCCCUGCUUUGCUCGCCGAGCGCGGCGCCGGCAGAGGCAGGUGUGUCCCGAGAGCGGGCGAACUCCAACUCCCAGCAGGCAGCGGAGCCCGCGGCCCCGGAAGCGGACGGAGCCGUGUGUCCCGAGAGCGGGCCGGCGGCGCUCGGCCUCGCCGCCAACUCCAACUCCCAGCAGGCAGGGGGCCCGCGGCCCCGGAAGAGGACGGAGCCGUGCGUCCCCGGGCAGUUGCAGCGGAGCGUUGGGCUUCGGGCCGGGCCGGCGGGGCGGUGAGUGGGAGGGGUGCUCCUCUCCAGGAACGGCGCGGGGAGCCCGUGAGCCCGGAGCUGCUCCGGGGGAUGUGGCAGCGCUCCCCGCAGCGGGCUGUCCCCAGCCGUGGAGCCGGCCUGCGGCGGAGCCCCUGAGGGGAUCGUGUCAGAGCCGUGAGGCUGCUCGCGCGCAGCUCGGUGCCCGUGGGAAAGGCAGCGCCUCACCGCUUUACUCAGAGCAGCCUGAGAGACCUUUUCGGUUGCGGUAUCUGUUUUGACAAAGCCAUAUGGAGACUAGUUUAAGAUAGAGGGCUUUGCUGGUAGAAGAAGGACAUCACUUCGGCAGUAGUUUUGAUGAUAAAAUUAAGAGAUACUUCAUGGAAUGUUUGUGGGCUGUUCUAUGUCACUUCUGUCUUCUGAUGCAAGUCUUUUUAAGGUAAGCCAUGCCUGUUUCUGCUGAUGAAACUGUGGGGAACCUGGCUAUGAGAGCUACAGUGCUAACUCCAGCUGGAAUUGAAGGAUUACAAGAAUCAUCAUCUACACAGAAUGCAAAAGCUCAAGAAAUCAUAUCACGAAUCAGUCGAGAGGAGCUGGAAGACAGAUUUCUUCAUCUACGUGAUGACCACAUCCUACUCAAACAGCAUGCAAAUAAGCAAGAGGAGAAAAUUAAAAGAAUGACCACCAAAUUAAUACGGCUUGUUAAUGAUAAAAGAAAAUGGGACCAGGCUGGCUGUGGACCCAAGCGGCUGGGUCAAGCUCUGGAGCUGGAAGACAUGAUUGAGCAUUUGCGAGAAAGAGUUCGUGAGCUUGAGAAACAAAAUGAGAGCCUCCGCAACAAACUCAUUUCAACUAAACAGCAGCUCCAGAUUCAAGGCCAUAGGCCUUGUCUGUACAGCUCUGUUCAGUCUCGUGUGAACACUGGUCUCAAAAAAGAGAAUGAGGCUGUGGGGAUGCCAGAGCACACCAAGAAGGGAAUGAGAUAUCAGAGUUUAGAAGUGAGAUCAUCUGAUCUUGUGCUCUCCAAACACGGACAGAGUCUGCUCGAGGCUUCAAGGGCUGAAAUCAGAAAUUUGGAGACUGUCAUUGAGUCCCAGAGGAAACAAAUUGAGGAACUAGACCAUGCCAGAGAGAUUCUUGGCAGUCAGCUGAGGAGGAAAGAAAAGGAAAUUGAAGAAUUCACCCUACGGCUGAAAGAGCAGGGUACAGCAAGCCAAAGGCUAAACAUUCAGGACAAUGUGGAAAUGAUCAAAGUCCGUAAACAGCUGGCUGAGAAAACCAAUGCUCUUUCAGUAAUGGAAGGAAAAUUUCUCCAGCUUCAAGAGAACCUAAAGAACUUGAAGACCAACCAUGAUGCUUUAUUAGCAAAAGGUGAUGAACUGAAUAUUCAGCUUAAGGAUGAGCGGUUGAAGUGCUUUCAUCUUCAAAAAGAAUUGCAGUCAGUGACUAUUUCGAACAGAAGGACAGAAGAGUUACAGGAAAGAAUAAAUGAUCUAGAAAAAGAGAAUGAGCUCUUGAAGGAAAACUAUGAUAAGCUGCAUAACAGUGUCUUCAGUCUGCCCCAUGAACAGCAAUGGAGAUCAAAGGAACAGCAACUGAAACUGCAAAUUGCUAAACUAGAGACAGCUAUCAAAACUGAUUUAGCAGACAAAAAUGAAAUCCUUGACAAGAUCAAAGUAGAAAGAGACCAAAAGGAAAAGCUGAUGCAAGACAACAAAGACCUGCAGUUACGCUACCUGGAACAAAAGCAACAACUAGAUGAUCUGAAAAAUCACGUGAAGUUUUUGACCAAGUUUCAGGAAAGAGGAGAUGGUGUGGCAGAGCUCAAUGAAACCCUCUUCCAUAUAAAGGAUCAAAAGCAACGAAAGAAUGUGGACGUUCUGUUCUUGGAAAAAGUGGAAGAUGUUAUCCAUAAAGAUUUAGAACACUCCAUGCAGGAGCUGCAGUUAACACAUGCGGAAACAGUGCAAGAACUUGAAAAGACAAGGAAUUUGUUACUUGUGCAGCACAAAAUUAGCAAAGAUUACCAGACUGAAGUAGAAACAAUGACAAGAAAGAUGGAAAGUCUACAGAAAGACUACGAGUUAAAACUGGAACAGUAUACCCACCUUCUCGAUAUUAGAGCUACACGUAUCAGAAAACUAGAAGCCCAAUUAAGAGACAUUGUGUAUGAUACAAAACCACUUAAGUCCAGACCAGAAGUAUUUCCAAGUGAUCCAGUGGGUGGAUUUGUUGAAACUGUUCAUUUAGAAAGAGGAGAGAACCUUUUUGAAAUUCAUAUCAGCAAAGCGAUCUUCUCUUCUGAAGCUAUGCACACUUUUGGUGACUGGGAACCUGCAACCUUUUGUACUUACGCAUUCUAUGACUUUGAACUUCAGAUAACCCCAGUAGUUCAUGGGAGCAUCCCAUUAUACGACUUCACUUCUCAGUUUCUUGUGCAGUCUGAUGACAGCUUCUUUCACUAUAUACAAGAAAACAGCAUCACACUUGAGGUUCAUCGUGCGUAUGGCAUAGAUUAUGAAACAAUUGCUUCUUGUCAGCUUAAGUUCCAUGAGAUCUUGGAAAAGGAUGGCAAGAUCUACAACACAGCAAAUUUAGUUGGAAAAACAGGACACAUUCAAAAUUAUGGUGUCGUAGAAUACUGGAUCAGGUUACAAGUUCCUAUGGACCAAGCUGUUAUUCCCUACAAACAGAGGUCAAAGGCUCUGGGGUAUAUAACACCCAGGUUUAGGGGACAUGAACAACCAUCCAAGACACCGACACUCAAGAUGAAGCAGCACGCAGCUCAAGCACACAAGAGAGUCUCUUUUCUGGAUCUUAGUACAAUACAGAUGACACAUGUGGUACAGGAAGUUAAACAGCUGUCAGGUGACAAAGUGAAGGAGAUGGCUGAAGAAAUUCAGCAGGAAAAAGAAGAGGUCUCUCAUCUGUCAGAGGAGCAGUUGGCUGACCAAACACUGAUUACUUCCAGAGACGAGACAGAAAUAAUUGAAGAAUUGGAACCAGAAGACCAAGAAGAUCAUCAAGAGGAUGAUGCUGUUGAAUCAAUAAAAACUGACAGUGAUGACUGUAUUAUUUCAAGUCCAGUAUCUACAAAUAUUAAACAGCAGAGUCAGAGUAUACAUGGCAGUUAUUUGGAAGUUGAAAAAAUACGGAUUAAAAUUACAUCGCUUGGUCUUACUGAGUCACGAAUUACAGCAGAUGAAACAAUACAGCAGCUGUUUGUAGAAUGCAGAUUGAACAAUUUCCUCGCAGAGGAGACCCCACUGUCACUUCCAAAGCCAACAGGUGGUCAGAGGAUUCACUAUAACUAUAGCACUGUGAUAAAUGUGGAUAAGGAAGGUAAUCAUGCAGAAAGAGAGUAUCUCAAGUCAAUUCUUCUAAAGCCAGAUCUAUCUGCUAACAGCCUAAAAUUUACAGUGGUCAGUGAUCCCCCAGAAGAUGAACAGGAUCUUGAAUGUGAGGAUAUUGGAUUUGCUUACGUCAGUUUAAAAGAGAUAUUCCAGAAGCAAAGAGAUAUCAUUGAGCAAGAUAUUGAUGUUUUUGAUUCACAAGAUGCCAGUGCAGUAAUUGGAAAGCUCACAGUGACAGUGGAAGCCCUCAAUGCACUGCGUUCAGUCCAUGAGGAAUGCAAAAAUGAUUAGGAGGCAGAGACAGGACAUUUGACUGUUGAAGUUCUUGCUCCCAGCGUAAAGAUACACUUGAUGGUUCAUCAAAAAUUAGACCUUUGUCAUUCUUAAAGUAUAUUUAAUGUAAAAUGUAUAUGAAAAUGAUGCUGGAUAUCCAGGUAGAAAGUUUUGUAUACUUUUCAGUCUGUUUUAUUUUUGAGGUGAAUCCUUCUUGCUGAAUCAUUCUUCAGGCUCUCAACACUUAAUAGUAUCACAGUCUAACUUACUUCCAACAAAGUUUGGUUUCAAAUGCAAGCUUGCUUGUAAAUUAUCAGAUACCAGUUGAGGGUAUUUUGUCUAAGGAAGUAAGUGAUGGUGAACCUUCAAACGGAAAUGCUGGUAGAUUCUUCCUGAGUGUAGUUCUAUCACAGUACUCUGUCAGAAUACAAUCAUUUGUGUUAGAAGUGACCUCAGGUAGGUUUUAGAGCAGUCAUUGCAGGAUUAGGUGUUAUGUUAGGCCAUGUUGCUCAGGGCUGCAUCCAGCCUGGUCUGGAAACCUCUGAGGAUGGGGACUGCUUAACUGCUCUCUGCACAAGCUGUUCUCACAGUGAAAAAGGAGAUGCAUUUCUACACAUUAUUUCAAUCCAAAUUGAAGCCAAAGCUAGAUCUAAGUACAUGGAACAGCUUUUUCACUUAAUGCACCAUCUAAUAAUUUAAUUUGUGUUGUUUUUUUUUUUUUUUUAAUUCUAGGGAUGCUGUGUUAUUUGUUUCAGCCAUUUAACAUUUUGCACAGAAAUAAAGAAGCAUUUUUGCGUUUAUUGUCAUGCUUUGCAGUAUGCCAUCAAAUUUUCAUCCAGUUUUGUGAAGAACAUGACAGAAAAUAGCUGUUAUUGUUACCAGUGUGAUUUGCUCAGGUAAUGUUUCUGUAGAUUUUAGUGGUAAACAAUUGGUUAUGGUUUAUUCCUGGGUUUGGAGUUUUUUAUAUUAGGCUUAGAUUAUUUUAGGAGUAAGGAUAGCUGCAACAGUGCAAGACAGGUCUUCCACACAAUUAGCAAUUAUUUGUUUCACAUUUUUGUGGAUUUGGAAAAUAAUCUAUUUUCUAUUUAGACAAACUGUCAUUCUUGUUAAGUGCAGAAUUAUUUCUGCAUGUAUUAAAGUCACAAGAAUUGAACCAUUGUUGAAAAACUGUUGAAAAAUUUGGUCCAUCUGCUACCAAAAAAAAUCAAUAAACUCUUCUACUUGUGGUUAUU